AUGACCACAGAAAUCCAGCAUAGAUCGAGCGUCGUGGCUCUCAUCUCAUGGGCUAUCGCAACGCCAAAUAGAGCUGUUGCCAUUUUGGUUUCAUUGGUGGUCGGCUAUCUUGUCUUGAUCGCUUUGAGACAAUACCCACGCGUUCUCAUCCAGCGUCGAUCACUACCCCCAGGGCCAUUUCCAUGGCCCAUCGUUGGAAACCAUUUUCAAAUCAAGCUUCCUCGACCAUGGCUUUACCUGUCCGACCUUUCCAAGCAAUACAACAGCCCAAUGAUCACCAUUUGGUACGGCCACAAACCUAGCAUUGUAUGCAACGACAUUUGGACCAUCACGGAUCUUUGCGAUAAGCGGGCGAGCAUCUACUCGUCCCGCCCUCCCAUGGUUAUGCUCGGCGAAUCUCGGAACGCGUCUGAAAAUGAUCAAGCUGUUCUGCCAUACGGAGACCGUUGGAGAUAUCACCGCCGGCUCACACACCAGGCGGUGGGAACCCAGGCAGUACGCGCAUAUCGACCUUUCCAGGACGCUGAGAUCAAAAUACUACUCCGGGAUCUCCUCGCAGCACCUGAUCGAUAUGUCAAGGCAAUCGAACGGUACUCGGUCUCCAUUGUUUCCUGCAUCGGGUUCGGGCGUCGCGUUGCCAGAGUGGACGACAACAUCGCUCAGAUGGCGCUGAAGUUCAUGGAGGGCGUGGACUUUGUAAUUCCCGGGAUGUUCAUAAUGGAAUCCAUUCCCUGGCUCCUCAAAUUACCUCGAGCUCUCUACCCGGACGCCUCCAACCUGGUUGAGAACGCCAGAAGGAUCAGUAAUUUCUUCACCUCACUUACUCGGGAGGCGUCACAGUCAUCUACGAAUGGACCGCUGUUUUCAGAUCUGCUACUCAAAGAGAGCAAAACAGCUGAUCUAAGUGAUGCAGAGAUGUCUUUUCUUGCUGGCAACCUUAUCGGCGGUGGGGUCGAUACCACCGCUUCUACAACCCUGACCUUUAUUUUCGCCAUGUGCGCAUUUCCCGAGGUUCAGAAAAAGGCGCAUGCUUGCAUUGAACAGGCGGUGGGUGGACGGCUCCCUGACUGGGAGGAUGAGCCAUCAUUGGCUUACAUCCGGGCGUGCGUUGAGGAAACUCUUCGCUGGCGCACUGUUACAAUCCUGGGCGGAAUUCCUCACGCUCCGAUUCAGGAUGACGUGUAUCGAGGCUACCUUAUUCCGAGAGGUACAUGGAUCACCGGUAACAUGUGGGCUAUCCACCGCGAUCCCAAGUGCUUCCCGAACCCAGACGAGUACCGACCCGAACGGUUUAUCGACCGAGAUCAGGAACCGCCUUUCCCAGUUAAAAAGGGGCACAGCGCAUUUGGCUGGGGACGGAGACAGUGCAGUGGUCAGCCAUUAGCCGAGCAAGGUCUCUUCCUCACGUUUGCUCGCCUACUGUGGACAUUCGAGAUGAAACCAGCUCUUCUCCCAGAUGGGACGGAGGAACGGUUGGAUAUCUUUGCUUUUACUGAGUCGGAGAACAUGCGACCGGAGCCCUUCCGCGUCCGAUUCAUUCCUCGAAGUGAAAUGCAUAGGGACGUGGUGGUGAGGCAAGCCCAGGCGGCCCGGGAAUUUCUUAGCCAAUUUGACGGUGAAAGUCAAGUCCAAGUCCCGGAGUUUCAGACGUGA